AUGAAAUUUUUGAUACUUCUUAUUUUAAUUUACUACACAUUUUUUAGUCAUAUUAUUAAGAUACGUAAAAAUGAUAUUACCAUUAUAAAAAGAAGAACGUUAACAAAUUCUGUUUUUUUUAAAAACUGGAAUAAAACUAAAAAUAGGCAACCUUUUUUUUCUUAUAAUUUUCACCUGAACAAGCAAGGUUUUUUUCUUCAUCCAUAUGUACAGAAAAGAAUAAAAAACGAAAAAGGGAUGAUUUUGAGAACAUUAAAAAAAGAGGAUAAUUGGAAUAAGUUAUAUUUUCAAAAUGAAAAGAAUACAUAUAAUAAUAUAUCAUUAUUUAAUAGAAGGAAUAAAUUUUUAAUUAAUAAGAAUGAGAAAUGUUUUUUUUUUUUUUUUAAAGAAGAAAAGAAGAAAUCGGAUUUUAUGAAGCUGCUAGCUAAAUUACCAGUUAUUACUAUAAAUAAAAAGUUAUAUCCAAAAGAAUAUAGUACUGAUUAUGAAAAUGUAUUGAGAAAAUUUGACGUAACUUAUAUAAAUUAUAAGACAAGAUUAAGAAGUAAAAAAGAAAUAGAUAUACGUUCAAUUGAUGAUUUAUAUGGACAGAUAUAUGAUAGAAAUAUUUUGAAAAAACAAUUUUAUUUUUUUUUAUAUCAUGAUGAUAUUAAUACAUGUUAUCGAAUAUUAAAUGAAAAUAGAAAUGUAUUAACAAGAGAGGAAUCUUUUAAAAUAUUAAAUUCUUUACCAUACAUUUUUGUGAAUCAUCUUAAAUAUAUAUAUCCAACUGCUGAAAAUAUAGAUCAGGUAUUAUCAAAGCUUUUAAAGACGUAUAUAUUUCAAUAUGCGAAUGAUAAAAAUAUUGAUUAUUUGAAUUUUAAGUAUAAAUAUAAUGAGCUAGAUGAGUACUGUAAAAAAAUGGAGCAGGAUUUUUUAAUUGAAAAAGAGAAGAGAACUGAUGAGCGAAAGGUCGUACCUCAGUCCUCUCCUGAUGAGAAAUUAAAUGUGGAUGUGCAAAAAAGUGAUAACACUAAUAAUAGUGGUGACGAUCAUAAUAAUAUAUCUAUAAAUAUUUAUGACGAUGAAGAAAAUGCGGAUUACGAAAAAAAAUACAAACACAUGUCAUACGAUUAUGAAAUAAUUGAAUCCACAAAAAAGUACAAAGACUUGAUAGAAAAGUUUAAAAAAUAUCCAGAAAACAUAAAAUUAGAAAAGGUACAAUUAUUAUAUACUAAAAUUUUAAGCAUGAAAGGUAAUAAAAUAUAUGAAGCGCUUCGAAAACAUGAAAGUAUAAAAAAGAAUGAAGAAAGGAAAUUAUAUAGAAAUGCUCGAUUGAAAGUAGAUCCUAAUAAGUUAACACCAUAUGUAAAUGAGCCCAUAAAAUAUGAUAAGAAAAAAAAAAUAGAAAUUAAUAAAUUAUUUGAAAAAUAUGUAGAAGAGAAAGAUUUAAAAAAUGCAGCUUUAAUACUUCGAAAAUAUACAAAUCUUAUUGAUACUGUAGAAGUAAAAAGUAGAGAAACUAUGAAGAAUUUCUUAAGAUUACAUACAUAUAUAUAUACAUGUAAUAAAUAUAAUGAAAAAGAAUUAGCUCAUUUGAGAAUGAUAUAUUAUUCAACAGUACAGAAACCAACAAUUAUAAGAAAAAUUUGUGAAGUUGGAAUGAGAGAACAAGGAGAAAAUGUGACACAUGGAGAAGUUUAUCAAAAAGAAUUAAAUAGAUAUUUAAAAGAACGAGAUAAAUUAAGAGAUGAAAGAUUAAGAAAGAAAAAUAUCAAUAUAGAUGAAAUACGUGAUUUUACUUCUGCUUAUCCUAUGGAAUGGUUACCUGUUAUCUAUAGAGAUGUUUUCGAACAAAUUGAAAAAGAAAAAGAUGAAGAAAAAAAUAAAAAACCUUAUGAUAAAAUACUUGAUAAAACUACAUUCUUAAAAAAGAAAAAAGAAUAUAUCAAAAAUGUCUUCUCUCCUACUACAGAUAUGGAAAAAACUACAUCACAAGAAUCAUUAUCAAAUGAUGCAACUCAAAAUAUAAAGAAAAAAAAUAAAUUCGAUUUUAUGAAUGAAACUAAUGAAUUAAAAGUUGGUAGAAAUGUUAUAAAUUAUAAGAAAAGAUCUAAAAUAAGCAAAAAAAAGAGAAAGGACAAAUCUCCAAAGGAAGCUAAUAAAAAAAAUGAAGACGCUCCAUAA